AUGGUCAAAGUCCUGAUAUUAUUCUUUCUUUUUGUGAGCUCUUUUGUUGUAUUUGCCCAAGAGUCUGAAACUUUUCUACACACUACUAAUGUUUCCCCAAUUGAGCCUCUAACACAUAAUCAUCAUCGUCACCAUUCUCCAUCUCAUGCUCCUAUUCCUUUAACAAGGGCACCAUUCCACCUUCCCACCCAUAAACCAGUUCAGCCUCCACAUCACAUUAAUCAUUCUCCAGUUCAUCAUGAUCUUAUUCCUUCAACAAAGACACUUCCCCACCAACCAGCCCACGCUCCACAUCAUAAUCACCACCACCAUCACCACCACUCUUUGACUCCUUCUCUUCCUCCUAAUAAGAAAACUCUAGUUCAUGAAGAUCAUACUCACCCAUCAGCACACCCUAUACACCACUACCAUCAUCAUCACCAUCAUCACCUUUCCCCUACUCCUACCCCUGUUGGGAGGGUUAUAGUUGAAGAUCACAUUCAUCCACCAACUCACUCUUCUCACCAUCUCCAUCAUCGUCAUCAUUACCAUGAUCAACACCACCGCCACUCUCCGGCUCCUGCUCCUGUGCAUCAUCAUAUUCACCCACCAACUCAUGUGCCACACCAUCAUCACUCUUCACCUCCUACUCCGACUCCUCUUUUGGAUUAG